UGGAAUACGACGGCAUGCAUUAUUUUGUGAAUCAUCCACAAAGAUAUAUUGCACAAGGGUGCAGUAAUGUAUACAGCUCUCGAUGUUAGUCGAGUCUUUCUUGAACCCAAUCGCACUUCACAACACACACACACACAGAGGAGGGAGCUUUCAGUGAUCCUGUGAGAUGUCAUUCUUCUUGCGUUGAACAACUCAGCCCAGGAGACCCAAGUGCUGCUUGGAGGAUUGAUCAUUCAGUCAGCGAGUUGUGUUCUUGUGGAGCGGGGGAUUUUUAGGAGCACGCAGAGGGGCAGGUUUCCUGGCAAUUCUUCAAGCGGGGAUGCAUUUCCGACAAGUUGUGGAAUGUUAAUGAAGCGGUGACCUUGGGGCUGUUGUCCUUUCGACCGUGAGUGUGCACAAGUUUGCACGCAUAGCCACACUCACACAGGAUCCCAUCCCCCUCCCUCUGGGACAAGGUGCAUUCCAGAGACAGAUGUCCUCAGUCGUACAGCAGUUUGGGACACUGCGAAGGAACACUGCGCUUCCAAUGUCCCGGCUCAGUGAUGUGAAAGCUUCUUCUCCCCUCAACAAAACUUCGAUGUCAACCUUCAACGAAUAUCGUAAGUGUGUCAGGACUGAAGGAAGACCAGGAAAUAAUCCACUGGAGAUGGAGAGCAAAGAUGCAGUCAGUGAUUCUGAUAGUGGAGUCAUUCUUCAAUCAGGGUCAGAUAGUCCUCAAUCUAUGAUGAAAGAUCGUUAUUGUUCAUUCAUUUUACGUAAACAAAUGCUGGAGGAAACCCUUGAGGCUUGUUUGACUGAACUGAAAAAACUGUGUUUACGCGAAUCAGAGUUGACCGGAUAUUUGCCGAAGGAGUAUCCGUUAGCUGAAGACGAGGAGCCACCCAGUGUCCGCCGCCGUGUGGGGACAACCUUCCAGUUGGAUGAGCUGGCAAUCACUCCCACAGGAGAGGACACUGAACUGGACUGUCUGGAGCGAGACUUUACUUUACAGCUACAGUUUGUGGAGGCAGCCAAACGCCUUUCUCAAGAAGGAAAUCUGAGCAGGCCCAUCAGAAAUCAAAGAAAACGCGAGUAUAAAAAAGAACAAAAGAAACUAAAAGUAAUCAAAAAAGCCAUAAAUGAACUUAAUGUUAUAUCUGACGAGAGAAGAGAACAGACAAGUAAUGUGACUGAAGGACCGGGUGCUUCUGAUGACAGUUCUCUGGAAGAUGACACAAAACAGCGUCACAGUCAAUGUUCGUCCACAGAAUUCUUGGCAGCGACCCAUCAGUUACAGAGAAGUAACUCACCGCUGCUUCUUCAGCAGCCCCAUAGACGCACCCCACCACAAACUCUGGAAGGACUUGUCCUGGGCCGUUAUCAGUGCAAUGACUAUGACAAAUCACCCAUCAUGGACACUGCAUGGACGGAAUCUAAUCUGGACAAACCCUACGAGAGAAUCAAAAGGCGUUGCUCUUUAAAUAGCAAGUCAAGUAGCCCAGCAGUGACCCCAGUGGAGUCUGUACUGAAUGAUGUUUCACCCUUUCAGCACUUUGAAAUGAGGAGCAGUCACUGCCAGAAUCAAAACUCAUCAAGUGCGCCCUCAACACCAGAAAUGAGGGGGCGUGUUCAACAUCAAACAGGCAGAUAUUUGGAUGCGAGCCCAUUUGCAGCAACCGAUCAAAGAAGUCGCACCUUGAAUCCUCAGAGAAGAACGCCAAAUGAUACUGUUAUUGUGUCAAAUAAUCGUGGAAAUAAGGCCAAUGAGAAUUUACACAUGAGGCCAUAUUAUCUGAGCGGAUAUGCCGGCUCUGAGUUUAGUAGCUCUGGUUCCUCAACUUUACCAUAUAUUCAGUCACCUCUUACAUAUAAAGCUGCAGAACCCAGAUACUGGCAAAUGUGCAACUUGCCUGCAAACAUGGAUGCAUCUGUCCUACCAGGUAAUGGAUUUUACCAGUGUAAUCCAAGCCAGCCUUUCCCACGUUAUAGAGCCAUUGAGCACAGAGAGGGGAAUGCAACAGGUCAUAUGUGGGAGAGUGACCCAAAUCGCCAAUAUAAUGCAGUGCAUUACUUCAACCCUCCACUCUACCGAGACUGCCAUUACAGCGAUGAGAAAAACUCACUGCCAUUGCAGCGAAUUACUACGUCUCUCUGCAGGAUCGUGCGGACUCCGUCACUAAAAGAGUACCCCAACAGAACCUUGCACAGGGAUGUUGUGUCGGACGAGCUUCAGUCAUGGCAUGAGAGGGCCAGACAGAGAAAUGGCCAUCCCCACACGCUGGACAGACAGGGGGCUUUCCGGGGUCCGAGAUCUCACAGCCGAAGCAGAGAGCAGUACAUGCGUUGGCCAGCUCUACCCUUGCAGAGACACACGCCGCAUUGGGGCAGAGAUUGUGCACAAAAUCAGUGGUACAUGACAGAAGAGUCAGAGAUGGCAAGCCAAUUCUAAAGCCGGAAUUUUGCGGGUUGAAAUUCCUGAUCAUCGUAAUGAAGUCGGUUGGCCGUGGCAAUAACGUCCUUCUUAGUGAAGAAACAACAUGUAUUGACAUUCGUCCAAAACUUCCAUUUUUUUUCCACAUUGCCAUUUCAAUGACAAAAACUUUCAUGUCUGCUUUCUGGACAAAAACUCAAGAUCGCAACCAUACCUUAAUCUAAAUGUUCACAAGUAUUUGAAUGGAAUCAUUUCUCUUCCUGCCCCUGGAAUGGUGUUCCUGUUAAUUCUUCAUUGCGGUUUUACGUUUCUGGUGCUAACUGAUUAGAGUUUUUGUUUAUUGAUCAUAGGGGGCAAAUAUUGACCAUUGGUUGAUAGUCUGUAAUUACCUCGCAUUAUAUGUCCAUCGAUGCUUCUCUAUUGAAAUUCUUAUUUAUGUUUUCCUUUUGCUAUCUGAUUUACAAAAGUUUAAAACUAUUGAGCGAUACAGUUCUUUUGAAAAGUUAUUAAUUUUAGAGGGUAAAAUAUAUGAAAAUAAUAGUGAUGUGCUUUCUAGACAUUGAUUCAAACAAGUUUAACCAAGUAAAAUUGAUUACUGCUUUACUAUAUUGUGUCAGAACUGCUAUAAAUUUGACAAAUUUAUCACGGAAGAAAACAUCCCAUCAACAGUCUUGAAGAGGUACAAGGUGCUGGUUUACAUAAAUGAAAACCGCAAAAUGCUGAGAUAACUCAGUGGGUCAGGCAGCAUCUCUGGAGACCAUGGAUUGGUGAUGUUUCGGUUUGGGAUCCUUUUCUCAGACUGAAAAAAACGGAAGUGACGUGGAGUGGGGGACAAAUUCUGGUGAGUGAUAGGUGGGUAGAGGUGAAGAGAGGGAGUUUUCAUUGGCAGAUGGUUGGACAAAGGCUAGAGCUGAAAAGACAAAUUGUGUGAGAUAAGGAUACAUGGAUAGAAGAGAUGCAAAAUGUGAAGCCAGAGGAAGGAAUAUAUUUGGAAGGGGACGGGGGGAAGAGGAAAGGGAAGUAGAGAUUCUGAAGAAGGGUCUUGACCAGAAACGUCACCCUAUCAGAACUGAACAAGGAGGAGGACACAAAUGCAGGCUCAGACACAGGGCAGAUCAGUCUUCAGAGUUUAAUCGGUCCAAGUCGGUACACAGGUAAGCAAAACAGAGGCAACAGUACAAUCUAGGAGCAGGCAAAAAACAGAAGUCGAAAAACAGGCAAUGGUCGAGGUCACAAGAUUUCUAGAGCUGGAACGAGGUGAUACCAAGUAGCAUACACGACGAACUGGCAAUGAGAACUAAAACACAAAGGGCUUAAAUACAGACUAGCAGGGGAUAACGAGACACAGGUGAAACACGUCAGGGCGGGGCCAAUAAUCACAUGAGGGUAAACGACCUGAUAGGAAAUGGGACCUGAAACAAGAGGAGAUGCGAGACACCAAAAUAAAACAAGAAUGCACACUCUAAUACUAAAAAACAAUAAGAAACAGAAACUAGAUCAAACCCGAGACCUGACACACCCAUUCCAUCUCUCCAGAGAUGCUGCCUGUUCCGCUGAGUUACUCCAGCAUUUUGUGUCAUGGGGAAGUAGAUAAAUGGUCUCCAUCCAAAUGGGGUACAGUGAAGAGAAAGGGAAAAAAAAUAAGGUGGAGAGAAAAUAGCAGGGGAAGCAGUUUAGUUAGCCAGAAUGGGAGAAUUCAAGA